AUCGUAUAGUGUCGCAAACCACACGUACUUUCUCAUGUUGCCUGCUAGCAAGGAAAAUGUGUUAAAUGUUAGCUAAACUAAUCAAAUUAUGGAAGUCACUGCAGCCAGGUCAACAUUUUAUGGAGAUAUUGGUCACUGGGCUGACCGAACGCCGGUACAUGAGGCUGCGUCUCUGGGUCGAGCUCUGCAGUUAAAGGAGCUGAUAGAAGCAGGAGCAUCAGUGAAUAUUGUGACUGUGGACAACUUCACUCCUCUGCAUGAUGCCUGUAUCCAGGGGCACCCAAACUGUGUUAAAAUACUGUUGAUGGCUGGAGCUCAGGUGGAUGUACGUACAAUCCAUGGCAGUACUCCUCUGUGUCACGCCUGUGCUGCUGGCAGUAUAGAAAGUGUCAAACUGCUGGUGGAUCACGGAGCGUCUGUCAACCCAUCCCUGACUGCCCUCACAGCUUCACCCCUCCAUGAGGCCUGCAUACGGGGUAAUCCAGACUGUGUGAAGCUUAUGAUAGCUAAAGGAGCACUGCUGGAGGCCUUUGACAUUUACUUUGGGACCCCGUUACAUGCUGCCUGUGCUAAAGCACACCUGGAUUGUUCCCUACUGUUGCUCAAUGCUGGUGCAAAGGUAAAUGCCACCAAGUUCCAUGAGACGGCACUGCAUCAUGCAGCGAGAGCAGAGAGAGAAGAACUGGUGGAACUGUUGGUGGAGUUUGGUGGUGAUGUCAAUAUAAGCGAUAACUUGGGCCACAAGCCAAGAGACUACACAAAAUCUGGCUCACCCACUAAUCUCUGUCUGUUGCACUAUGAGAGUAAUCCUCUGUCUCUGCAGCAGCUAUGCCGUAUCGUCCUAAGGACUGUGCUGGGCACCAGAGCUCUUGAACUGGUCCCCAAAUUGGAUAUUUCACAGCGCAUCAUUGAUUACCUCACUUAUAAAUCAUAAAUCAAUCCACAAACAUAUAUUUUAUUUAUUUAACCCUUCCUUGGUCAGUCAAGUUCCUCUGUAAACAUCACCGGGUCAAAUGGACCCAGCAUUUUUAAUUACAACUCAACAUCCAAAUUAACAAAUUUUAUUACUAAUUUCCUAGUGCAUAUUUCAGUCAUUUUUGGUAUACUAAGUCAAAUAUUUGUAUGCAAAUCAAAAAUAAUGAGUCAUCUUCUUUCCCUCAUAAGAAACUUUUAUUUGCAUUUAUUCUACAUUUGUUUUAUUUUAUUUUAUUUUUUUAAGAAAAAGUCUCCUAUGUAUAAAUAAAUCUAAAAUGGGUCAAACUGACCUGGGAGGUCCUUCAAGGGUUAAGGUCUUGAUAGGCUGCAGUUUGUGUGGUGUUAUGUUUGUGAGCUGAUUGACACUUCUACAACUACAGCAGAAUAGUAACAGAAACCUCUUCAUGUGAAUAUGCUCUUAAUUUGUGUAAUGUUGGGGUUUUUUAAACCCUAAGCAACUUGUCUUAUGAGAUGUAAGUGGAAUUUUGUUGUCUUAAAGGUUUUUUUCUUUUUAUUUCUCUAAAAUACUAUAUUCUGUUCGUCUGUGCAAGGACAAGCUAUAAAGCUAUAAACAAACCAUUUGUAGGUUGACAGACAGAGAAAAUAUUAUUUGCAUAUUCAUUUUCUACACUCUAGUUGCAUUACUUAUUGCAUCACCUCUAAUAAUUAGAAAGAAUGUGCCACAGUGUCUUGAAACAUUUUUCGAAACAUGUAUGCAAUGGUUAAAAUGUUGUUUUGAAACUGAGAAUGUAAAAAUGUGCUGUUUAAAUUACACUAUGUAACACAAUUUUUGUUCCUGGGUAGUAAGUGUUAUUUCCUAAUUGCUUAUGCCUCAAAAGUAUAGAAAAUGGUUAUUAUUCCCCACAAACUUUGCUUUUGUGACCAGGACAGUGAUAUUU